UCAAAGUUUACUAAAACCCUUUUUUGUUCUUACAAAACCCUAAAGCUCAAUCCAGAAGUGUUAUCAUUUCCUCCCAAUUUCAAUCUUCCAUUGAUAUGAUGUUUAAGCUUUGAGCUCAUUGAAAUUCUCUCUUCUAUUUGAAUCUUAUAGCUACAAUGAAAACCCUAAUUUCCCUCAAUACAUUAUCCUUUCUUCAGCCUCCCACCAAAUUCCCUUCUCUCCUCAAGAACCCUAAAUUGCAUUCUUCUUCUUUCAUGUUUACUUCCCAUUUUUGUUACGCGUCACUGUUAAAGUCGCCUUCUUGCGGUGAAAUUCACGUUAUUGUGGGCCCUAUGUUCGCCGGAAAAACCUCCUCCCUUCUUCGCCGUAUGCAUUCUGAAAUCAUUAACGGCAGGAAUGUGGCUCUUAUCAAAUCAAACAAAGACACAAGAUAUGAUCUUAACUCAAUUGUCACUCAUGAUGGGGAUAAAUAUCCAUGCUUGGCAUUACACGACUUGUUUUCAUUCAGACAAAAGUUCGGUUCAAGAGCUUAUGAUGAGCUAGAUGUGAUAGGUAUUGAUGAAGGUCAAUUUUUCGAGGAUCUAUAUUACUUCUGCCGAAGAGUUGCAGAUCAUGAUGGCAAAACUAUUAUAGUUGCGGGUUUAGAUGGUGACUAUAUGAGAAAGAGCUUUGGCUCUAUGCUCAAUGUGAUCCCACUAGCAGACUCUGUUACAAAGCUUACUGCUCGGUGUGAGCUGUGUGGCAAACGUGCUUGCUUCACUUUGAGGAAAACUGAUGACAAACAGACGGAGCUAAUUGGCGGAGCGGAAGUCUACAUGCCUGUGUGCAGACAGCAUUACGUUAGUGGCCAGGUAGUCGGGUAGCAACCAAAAUAGUUGAACAUAGAAUUUUCGUAUUGUAUGAUUGUAUCGCGAACGGUCCAUUUGGUAAUCGGUACUAAAUGUUAGGAAUGAAAAUGAUUUGUAGUGUAAAUUUUCAUGAUAUUUAUCAUAUCAUUUUCAUGGUAAUGAAAAGUUUGAUUGAAAAAACUUUUUUUCACAAUUUUUUCAUUACAAUCUAAUUCCACAUUUUCAAUUGGUAAUGUAUUGGAAAGAAUUUUAUGAAGAAAAUAAAA